AUGGCAGCGCCCGAGGAGCAGCGGCGGCUGCUGAGCCCGUCGGCGGCCGGGUCCUGCCUGGGGGCCGUGCACGGGUCGGUGCAGGACCAGGGCUCCGCGCUGGCGCUGGGGCAGCGGCACCGCCGGCACUGCCACACCAGGGAGGUCACCGGGGCCCGGGGCCAGCAGCAGCAGCAGGAGCGCAGGAGGCUCUACAUGGCCGCUGGCAUCUGCCUCCUCUUCAUGGUUGGGGAGGCUGUGGGCGGGUACCUGGCGCACAGCUUGGCCAUCCUGACGGACGCAGCACAUCUCCUGACGGACUUCGCCAGCUUCAUGAUCAGCCUCUUUGCGCUCUGGGUGUCCCCACGUCCCCCCACCAAAACCAUGAACUUUGGCUGGCACCGGGCAGAGAUCCUGGGGGCCCUGCUCUCUGUGCUCUCCAUCUGGGUGGUGACAGGUAUCCUGGUCUACCUGGCGGCCCAGCGCCUGCUCUCGGAUGACUACGACAUGGAGGGUGGUGUGAUGCUCAUCACCUCUGCCUGCGCCGUGGCCGUCAAUAUCGUGAUGGGGGUGGCUCUGCACCAGACUGGGCACCAGCACAGCCAUGGGGCGACCAGUGAGCAGUCCAACACCAGUGUCCGCGCUGCCUUUGUCCAUGUCCUGGGGGACCUGCUGCAGAGCAUUGGUGUCCUCAUUGCAUCCUACAUCAUCUAUUUUAAGCCCGAGUACAAGUAUGUGGAUCCUGCCUGCACCUUCCUCUUCUCUGCACUGGUGCUGGGGACAACUCUGUCCAUCCUCCGUGAUGUCCUCCUUGUCCUCAUGGAGGGCACCCCCAAAGGGAUUGACUUCAAUGCUGUGCGGGAGGCUCUGCUGGCAGUGCAGGGGGUGGAGGCCGUGCACAGCCUGCACAUCUGGGCGCUGACAGCAGCACAGCCGCUGCUCUCGGUGCACAUUGCCAUCAGCGCCGGUGCCAGCGCGCAGGAGGUGCUGGAGGAAGCCAGCUCCCGGCUGCAGGGAACCUUCCACUUCCACACCACCACCAUCCAGGUGGAGAACUACUCUGAGGAGAUGCAGGACUGCCGGGAGUGCCAACCGCCCCUCGACUGACCCCCCCAGCCCUUUGCGGCCUGAGGGGGCUUCUU